CAUCUCCAGCAUGAUUGAACUGUCAGAAAAAGACAAACCUAUUAUUCAGAUGCUACUGAAUUUUGGAGCAUGCCCACGAUGCAUUUUCAGGUUCUGCCGAGUGAAACUACAGGCUUUAUACAGACGUCCUGAGAAGGAGUUGCUCUGCGAACUACGCACAUUCCUGCAGAGCAGUAACAAUGAGAGUGAAUCAUCUUGUGAAACGGCACAGCCGCCAUGUAAAAUAAUCAGACUUGAGAGCACCAAAGAAGAAGCUGAAGAACAGACUCCAAAUGGAAGCCAACAGCUGACCGAUUCAGAGAAGGAUGGAAAUGCUACUGAUGAGAAUUUUAGGCCUCCUGUUUGCACUGUGUGCCUGGGAAUUCUGCAGGAGCUCUGUGAGAUGGAUUUUGUCAAAGCAGUCUGCCAGGAGAUCAGUUCUUCUGAAUAUCAGUUUUCCAGCUUUGUGUUCUCAGUGUCUUUCCCUCCGCAGCUUUCCGUCCGAGAGCAUGCCGCAUGGCUGCUGGUAAAAGAGGAACUGGGGAAACAGGACCUUUUAGUGGAAAAAGAUGACCUUGUUCAACUGAAGGAAGCAUACAAAUGGAUUAUCCACCCCCUGUUCUUGGAGGAGCUGGGGGUUCCAGCUGAUGGAAAGAGCCUGUUUGAAGUGAGCGUGGUCUUUGCUCAUCCAGAAACAGAUGAGGACUGCCAUUUCCUUGCCAGGACGUGUCCGAGUUGCUUCAAACCAGCAAAAAACAAACAGUCCGUCUUCACCAGAAUGGCCGUUGUUAAGGCUUUGGAUCUGAUAGAUGACAACGAUUUCCAUAAGAACUUUCAUUCUCCUCCAAGUUCACCUAAGACUCCUUGCUCGGCUGUUGACAUUCAGUGUACAAAUAGUGCAAUAUUUGUGGCUGGAAGAUACAACAAAUACUCAAGAACAUUACCUCAGACACCCUGGAUUAUAGACGGUGAGAGGAAGAUGGAGUCUUCUGUGGAAGAGCUGAUCUCAGAGCAUCUCAUGGCCACUUUCAAAGCAGACAGCUUUAAUUUUUCAUCCUCUGGAAGAGAAGACGUGGAUGUAAGAACGUUGGGCAACGGAAGGCCCUUUGCAAUUGAGUUGGUGAAUCCUCGGAGAGUGCAUUUGGCUGCAGAGGAAAUGAAGGCACUUCAGCAGACAAUCAAUAAUUCAUCAGACAAAGUCCAAGUUCGUGAUUUACAGAUUGUCACCAGAGAGGCAAUUGGGCAUAUGAAGGAAGGAGAAGAAGGCAAGACCAAAAGCUACAGUGCCUUAAUAUGGACAGAAAAGGAGAUACGGAAUGAAGAUGUCGCAGUUCUGGACAGCAUGAAGGAAUUAAAGCUUGAUCAAAAAACUCCCCUACGGGUCCUUCACCGGCGACCUCUAGCUGUCCGGGUUCGUGUCAUCCACACCAUGCGCUCAGAGUACAUAGAUGAGCAUCAUUUCCGGCUACAUCUAAAGACGCAGGCAGGGACUUAUAUCAAAGAGUUUGUGCACGGAGACUUUGGAAGGACUAAGCCCAAUAUCGGCUUGUUGCUAGGGACGACUGCGGACAUCUUGGAGCUGGAUGUAGAAUCGGUGGAUGUUGAUUGGCCUCCUGCUUUGGACAAUUAAUGAGCCAGUAAUUUUCAAGAUGGGAAAGUGAAGAACUGCCAUCUCACCAGCUGCUGGUUAGAGCACAACCAACUCCAUUUUGUGAGCCAUUGGAUUUGCUGACUAAUUGUUAAUGCAUUUUAGAUCAUGUUGAUCUAUAAAAGAUUUUUUUUAUUAUAAAUGGUUAUUUUUAAUUGGGUUUAAAAGUUCAGGUUGAAUGGCUGGUAAUUGGGGUGUAUCUUACCCUUCU